AUGGAUUAUCUUGGGGAACAGAGAGAAGAAGUAGAAUGUUUAAAGUCUAUCUUCCCAGAUGAAUUCUCGGAGCUCAGCACAUUUCCUCCAGCGUUUAUGAUUAGAAUUGAUGAUGUGGACAUUUUCACCUCUGUGUCAUCUCUUCAGCUAAAGAUCUCUUUUCCGCCAACUUAUCCAGAUGAAAUCCCAUUAAUUGAGAUACCCAACCGUUCUAAUGCAAUGCCGAAAGAGUUUAUAGAAGACCUGCUCACUUUUAUACGAGUUUCAUGCAAAGAAUAUGUUGGAAUGCCUAUGGUUUUUAGUCUGGUAGAUGCAACCAAAGAAUGGAUUAAUGAAAAUGCUGUCAGGUUCAAGAGCUCUGAGGGAGAGAAAAAAGCUGUUUGUGAAACAGAGAAUACUGAAAAUAGUCCUGAUUCACUGACGCCACAAGAUUUGAAGUAUAAGCUGGAAACUGCCAAUGUGAAGGGGGGACGAUGGAACUUUGUUAUUGGUCUUAUUGGUAAUUGAACCGUUUAAGCCCUAAGAGUGAUCAGCAUCAAAUUUCUCCUUAUUAUUAUCAAUGCUUUGUAAAACAGAGUGGUCAUGAGAAUUACAGACAUGAUCACACAAGAUGAAUUUGCUUGAUAUUUUGUUAACUUCUCCCCACGCUUCUGUAGGAAAUGAAUAAGGGCAACAAAUGAGAAUUCAAAUUUUGAUCUUAGGGUAUAAUUUAGGCUCAAUUUCUGCCGUUUUUCCAAGUCCAGUCUUAAAUCCUCUCCCUUUUCUUUCCGGGUAAUGAGUGCAAUGAGGUGAGUUUAGAGAUGGGAUGGAAUGGGAUGGGAUGAGAUGAGAUGGGAUGGGAUGGGAUGAGAUGGGAUCGGAUGGGAUGAGAUGAGAUGAGAGAUGGGAUGGGAUGAGUUGAGUUGAGUUUAGCCUUGCUAGCAUAAAUCAACAUUCCCUUUGGGGGUGUGUGGGUUUUCUUGGUAACUUUAGUAAUAUGAUCUGUUGUUCUUUAGGAAAACCUUCAGCUGGUAAAUCCACAUUCUUUAAUGCUGCCACACAUCAGAAUAUGGCCAAAAUAGGAGCACACCCAUUCACAACAAUUGAACCAAACAUUGGCCAGGCUUUUUAUACCAUACCGUGCCCUUGUUUACGGUGGAGUCACCAGUGUCAGGCCAGAUUUGGACACAGUGCUUCUGGUGAAAGAUUUGCACCAGUAUUGCUCAAAGAUGUUGCUGGGUUAGUACCUGGUGCAUGCGAAGGAAGAGGGCGAGGAAACAAGUUUUUAAGUGAUUUGUUAGAUGCUGAUGUUCUUGUUCAUGUGAUUGACCUUUCUGGACAGACAGAUGAAGACGGAAAACCCACAACAGGU